AUGUCUCUUAACACUGACCAAAGUAAAAACGCAACGCCUUUUCUAAAAUCGACACGCGGUAGAAAACGCAAAACACCUCCUAAAGACUUGGACCCGACGGGUCGCAACCAUUUUAUGGUGGUGGAGAAACGAAGAGUAACAGAAAAGAGAGCCGACGUCAAACGAGAGCAACGCCUUUCUAGCACAGUAGAACAAACAGUCAGUAUUGUAAAUGAGCCGACGCAAAAACCAGCCGCCAAACACGAGCAUACAGACAUUCUGACCAUUAAUAUUGAAAGACAGGAGCUUGCACUCAUGACAACAGAAGAGUUGAGGACCUAUGCCAAAUAUAUUGAAACGACGUUGA